AUGUCCAACAAAACAUAUAAUGAUUUGCUAUGCGAGACAUCAGAGAUUUUAGUAGAAGCUACGCAAGUAGAUGAAGCGCUUUUUGAAGCGGGAGCAGCAGAACGUACAGCUCUACAACCGCUGCUUUCAGAAAUUCGUAUCAGAUAUACCGUACUACUUGCUAGAUUAGAUACUGUGUACGAUCAACUAUUGCAACCACAGAAACGUAUAGUUGUUAGAAGGUUGCUAGAAGCUUGUUUAGGGAGAUUAAUUGAAAUUAAACAUGACUUGGUAGAACUUAACAUGUCAGAUUACACCUAUGAUGACGACGAGGGGCUUGUAAAGCUACAAGUGACACCAUACGAAGCUGAACCGGUAGUUCCACAAUACUUUAUCAGAGAAAGACAGGAAGAGGUCAACAGCCGUAGACAAUUUGUCAUCGACACAUUGACCAAACUGGGCUAUGAACCGCCUAAACCUCAACCACUUGUGUUGACUGAACAACAGGCCGUUCUCAUUAUACAGAGCCAUGAAAGAGCCAGACAAGGAAGAUUGAGAGGUCAAUUUAUGAAAGAAAUUCGUCUUUUAAAAGAAAAAGGCAGAGAUCAGAAAACUGAAAUGUCUGCCACUGCCGCGACUGCAAUCCAACGAGUAUGGAGAGGUUUUAUUGCUAGACGAGAGACUAGGAAGAGGAAAAGGCAAGAACAAUUACUUAUUGGUAUGGAGCUACCUCCGUACACACCGUCAUCGGAGCAAAAAAGAGCAGAAGAAGUAAAAGAGUAUCGACGGGAUCUUCAAUCUGAAAGAGAAAUUGAAUACAAAGAAGCAUUAGAUACGAUAGAAGAACAGCUUAGAAAGCAGCACGGAGUAAAAAUAAAUGAACAAAUAGGUGAUGAGCUUAGAAGGUGGAUAUCGGAAUAUUAUGAAAGGACCGAAAGGUUUCCUGAAUUGCCACCUGAAGAAAGCGGUGGUAGUAGAGCUAUGUAUAGCAGGCAAGGAACCGGAAUGGAUAGUGAAUUAAGUAAGUCUCCUGUAUCUUCUAAAGAAUCCAAAAAAAGCAAAGAUAGUAAAGACAAAAAGAAUAAUAAAUCUGAAGAAAACAAUAAAGCUAAGGAUGAAGGGGAAGAUCUGAAUAUGUUUAAAUGCAAUAACUCUGCUUUUUUAAAAGACCUUGUAAAUGCUAAUGAGGAAUUUGAAGAUAUUUGGAAAUUUAAAGACAGUACAGAUGAUCCUCAUGAGAGAUAUUAUAAAGAUGUAAUAGAGCGAGAUAAAAUGGUGAAAAUUGAGCAAGAAAUCAGAAAGGUGGUUGAUGAAAUGAUGCGGAGUGAGUUAGAAUUACUUCAAGCUGCGUAUGAUCGGGAUAGAGCACAAAAGGGUAAAAAAUCUAAAAAACCUCAAAAGGCACGACGUGGAGGUAAAAAAAGUAAAAAGAAGAAAGAAAAGGAUCUGACUCCAGACAGAACUACAGAAUCGCUUUUCGAAGAAUUAGUAUCUAAUGGAAUUAUACGUCCUUAUCCUAUUACUAAAAUAGAUGACUUUGUUGGGGAAAAGAGUUACGUUGGAUCUCAAUGGAGAAGUCAGGGACAAGAACCAACACCAUGUCUGGGAGAUAUUAGACAGUUGAUAAAGGAAUACUGUAUAUUGCCAUUAGGUUCGGAACACGUUAGGAUGAAUGCACCUUUAGUAAGAUCUGUUCUCAUUUCAGGUCAUUCUGGAAGUGGUAAGAAAAUGUUAGUUCAUUCUGUAUGUAGCGAAACUGGCGCUAUGCUCUUUGAUUUGACUCCGGCCAAUAUAGUGGGCAAAUAUCCAGGAAAGUCUGGUCUAAUAAUGUUGUUACAUUUGGUUAUGAAAGUGUCAAGAUUAUUGCAACCAUCUGUCAUAUGGAUGGACGAUGCUGAGAAGCCAUUCGUGAAAAAAAUACCAAAAACAGACAAAACUGAUCCGAAGAGAUUAAAAAAAGACUUGGUGAAAAUUAUUAAAGGCAUAUGUCCAGAAGACCGCGUAAUAUUUAUUGGCACUUCAAAAUAUCCCUGGGAUGCAGAGCAGAAACUACUUUUUCAGUGCUACAAUAAAAUUAUCCAGAUUCCAAAAGCUGAUUACGGGAGUAUAUCAAUGAUGUGGAAGAUGAAACUUCAUAAGGCUGGUGCUUUAUCUCCAAGAUUAGACGUAUCCUGCUUGGCUAGAGUUUCUGAUUCUUAUACCAUAGGGACUUUAUUAGCUGCUCUAAAUGCAGUGCUGACAACGAAGCGGCGUCUUCAGCUACGCGUGCGUGCAUUGACUGCCCAAGAAGUGGCUGUACAGUUAAGUUCUAGAGAACCUGUAUAUGCUGAACAGGAAUCUUCAGCCGAAUCUUGGUGGUAUAAGACACCAUUAGAGAAGAGACGGCAGAAAACCAUACAGAUGCUUCAGGAGUUGCAGCAAGAGAAUGAAGAAAAGGAGGCUGCUAAGAAAUAA